AUGGCGGCCAAGUGUGUCCACAAGGGCUGCGGAAAGGUCUUCAGUGAUCCUGAAGAAGAUUGCGUCUAUCACCCUGGUCCGCCAGUCUUCCAUGAGGGUCAGAAGGGCUGGAAGUGCUGUAAACCCCGCGUUCUCACCUUCGACGAAUUUCUCACGAUCCCUCCAUGCACGACCGGAAAGCAUUCCACUGUCGACGACACACCGCAGGAAGAACCCCCAAAGGCCGAUGCUUCGAAUAUAGCUACUCUUGCAGAGAAGCUAGACGAGAAAGCUCCUCCGACUACGCAGCCCGUUGCUGCUCCUACUGCUGCUGUUCCUCCGCCGUCAACCCCCGCACCUCCUCCAGAACCUGACUCGGACGACCCCUCGCUCGCGAUCCCAGCAAACGCGACAUGUCGGCGGAAAGGAUGCAACGCGACGUUCAACCCCGAUAUCUUGCGCGAUAAUGAGACGUGCACACAUCAUCCCGGACAGCCCGUUUUCCAUGAGGGUAGUAAAGGCUGGUCAUGCUGCAAGAGGCGCGUACUGGAGUUUGACGAGUUCAUGAAGAUAGCGGGAUGCACAGAGAAAAAGAGGCAUUUGUUUGUAGGCAAGGGCAAAGCCGCCGGCGAGGAGAAGAUUGAUGAUGUUCGAAACGAUUUUUACCAGACUGCAACGACAGUCAAUGUGUCUCUGUACCUGAAGAAAAUCGACAAGGAAAGAGCAAAGGUCACUUUCAGCGCCAACGCGGUUGAAUUCGACCUGCCUACAACUGACAAUAAACGGCUCAAAAAGACAUAUGGCCUUUUUGCAGCUAUUGAUCCGGAAGCCUCACAGUACAAAAUCUUCGGGACCAAACUGGAGCUGAAGCUGGCCAAAGCUGAUGGGCAGAGCUGGCCUGUAUUGCGCAGUGAUGACCGAUGGACGGGCGAGCGUAUCCAGAUUGGCCAGGCCGGUCGUAUUGCGUAG